CUCUAGGAUGUCCGCAGAACACGAGAACACAGAGAGGUUUGCCAUCGAACACGUAUUCCUGCUGUUCAAAAGACAGAAAGUGGCGAUUUCACAUGCAAUAAGAAAGCCAUUUCCUUUUCUUGAGGGCCUCCGUGACCAUGAGCUCAUCACCAAUAAAACGUAUGAAGAUUUUCAGGAUUCUUGUAGACACCUGGUCCCUGUACAAGAAGUGAUCUACAAAGCCCUGGAUGAGCUGGAGAAGAUAUUCGACGUGAAGGUUCUGCUGGAAGUGUUCAAUGAUAUCAACAUGGAGAAUUACCCUGACCUGAAACCCAUUGGCAAAAGCUUUGAAAACGCUUCUCACCACUGCAUUACAUGGGAAUUGUCUUCUCUCUCUGUAUCUAAUAUGGACACUCACUAUGAAAGCCAUUGUUCCUCAGGCUGGAGAAGUCAUAACAGAAGAAGAAACACCACGCUCUUCCAAGGAAAUCAAGCUGAGAACCAUCGACUCUCUGACCCCACAAAUCACGCUGGUAUGUAUGCCAUAGUAUUAACUUCUUUACUCCAUGGCUCAUCUUUGGAAACAUAUUCCUAUGAACUAGAAGCCCGGCUGGGAGCAGUGCUGCUCGGCCAUGGAGUCCAUGUUAAUCCAUGUUCUGUGCAGCUGGUAGAUAUAAAGAAGGAAAAUUCAACAUUUCCCUUGGAUGGUGAACAACACAUCCGAGCAAGGGCCAAUGAUAAUCAGGAAUCUGAGGUAAUAGGUAAGGAUGACUGAAGGAAUUGUAAUGGG